ACUUUUGGAUCUUUGAUAUUACUGGUUUGUCACUUCAUAAAGACAUACUAUUCCAGUUAAAGGUCGAUGCAAUGGAGUGGCUCUUCUGAACUUAGUUGCGCUUUCCGAACAUUUUAACCCGAGGCCUCCUGAAGGCAGUGUCUUAAUGGGAAUGGAUUCUCCUCCGUCUAACAAUUUAUCUAUUGAGGGGGGCCAGCCCCUGCCAGCCAUGGCCAUGAACUCACAGCCGCUUCCGUCUGAUUCAACUUCUUCCGAUUACUAUCCGUGGACAUACCAGAAUCCCUGUUUCCCGGGAUUUCAAGGUGCCACAUUCUGCUACCAGAAUGAAGGAGCGCAGGUUGUGCCAAUUGCCAUGACAACGACACAGCCAGGUGACCUAACAGCCUCCCAGCUACAAUACACCGGCCCCAUUUUCACACAGGCUGUGCCAAAUGGCAGCGUUCCCCGGAAACAGUCAGAACGCAGCUUGAUGAAGAACAGGGAAGCUGCCCGUGAAUACAGGAGGAGGAAAAAAGUUUAUAUUCAAGAUCUUGAGAAACGCGCGGAAAAGCUUGAAACCGAAAAUUCAGUUUUGAAGGAAGAGCUUAAAACGUGGAAGAUGCAGGGUCAACAGAAAUUCCAAUAAUUAACUCACAACUGGCUGGAAUCUUUUGCUGCAUUGAGUUAUGAAUUGUAUACAUUUCUGCGGCUCAUAUAACUUUUUUUUUUAUACAUGCACUGAAUAGACUUGAGUAUUUUGCUUCAGUGACCUUUUGCCAUCUUAGUUUGGAUUAACUUACAUUUUGACAGGUUUCUGGAAUUGAAAAAGCUUCAUCAAAUACCCAUAAUGCAGGCAAUGUGUAAAUUGUGAGUGUGUAAUAGAAUUUUUUUUUAGUAAAAAUGUCAAUAUAAAAAAAAAAACUAGUUUCAAUGUGUUUGUGUUUACCAAUGAUAGCUGCUUAGUAUUGU